UCCUUCUAUAAAAGCCCUAAAUUCUCUCAUUAUUAUUCACCCAUUGGUAGCCAUUACAAACCAUAAAAAAACUCCCUUCAAUAUCAUUAUUCCUCUCCAAAUGGCUUCCAAAAUUUCAUCAACCACUUCCCUUCUCCUUCUUCUCAACCUCCUCUUCUUCACUAUGGUCACCUCCACCUACGUCCCUUGCCCGCCGCCGCCACAGAAGCACCCCAAGGGCGUUCCCUCGAAGCAGCCAACACCACAGCCAAAGUGCCCAAAGGACACUCUCAAGCUCGGCGUUUGCGCUGACUUGCUCGAUGGUCUAGUGCACGUCGUGAUCGGCGCACCACCGAAAACCCCAUGUUGCACACUAAUCCAGGACUUAGUUGAUCUUGAAGCUGCUCUUUGUCUUUGUACCGCGGUUAAAGCAAAGGCCUUAGGGCUCAAAAUUGACCUCUCAGUUUCCCUCAGCUUGCUCUUGAACUAUUGUGGAAAGAAGGUUCCAAAUGGCUUCAAAUGCCCUGCUUAAGAUGUCACUCUCUUGCCACAACAAUCUUACUUAACUAUCCUUUUCAUAAUUUUCACCUAUGUUUUGUUCUUGAUAUUUUCCAAUUUGGGUUAUGUUAUAUUGUGUGUUUGAAGGCUAUGUUUGGUCACUAUGAAAUGUCGUUUCUGUUGUACUGAUGGGUUUGGAAAUCUUCUAAGAAUUAUCCCACCAUCAUCUUCUAUAGGCUUUUCACUAUAGAAAUGUUAUUGUGUUUGUGUAAUAUAAAAAUAUAUAGAUACACGUAGUUUUUUGGAAUAAAAACAAAAAAAAUUGUCUUA